AGAAAGGUUUUCGCGUUGGACCUUCUGGAGGGCCACAUUGCAGGGUUUUCGUUUUUAAUUUUGAUGACUUAGCCCAAAACAGCUCAGAAUGUCAGUCUGCCUCGAAUGCUGCUAUCGGGACCUUUGUACCGAACGAGGCCGAGUUACAUGAGCCGGUUGUACGGAAAAUAACCUCCGUUGCGCCAUUUGUGUCGUUUCAGCAUUUUCCACCUGGCAAUGUCGUUGAGUGCUGGCGUUCAAAAAGCAGCCCAACCGGUGCUGACGAAGUCAAACCAGGAAGGAGCCAUAGAGAAGAAGCACCGGGGGGCAGCGUCCGGUCCUUUUGUCUUCCAGGUCCCCGGAAUUCUGAUCAUCGCCUCCGGUGGAAUCGGGGUUGCCGCGGGCUUCUUAAUUCGUGCCCAAUACAGCGACGUUUCUCAACGCACCAUCAUGUAUCUUGAGCUCCCCGGAUGCCUCUUCCAAAGGAUCCUUCUGCUGCUGGUGCCGCUGGUAACGGCCAUGUCAGUGAUGGUGUCCACUGGUCAACUGGGGGGCCGUCUGCUAGGAUGGACAGUGGCGUAUGGUUGUCUUUACACGCUGCUGACGUGCUGCUUGUCCCAGACCAUGGCUGUCGGGCUCGUGACGCUGCUGCGUCCGGGCGACCACUUGCAGACCCUCAUCGCAACAGAAGCACUCAUUUCCGUCAACGCCAGCAACAGAGCAAACCUUCCAGAUGUGUUCGUCGCGUUUGCAAGGGCCUGCUUCCCGACAAGCAUUGUCACCGCUUUUGUCUUUCCGUGGGAAACCACAAAACAGGCGGAAUCGGUGUCUACUGAGACACUGCAGAUGCCGGCACCACAAACCAUGACUGAAAUGACUUCCAGCGAGCUUAAUUUGGGUUUCAACAGCUUUGGCUUGGUCAGCUUCUCCAUCUUCCUGGGCCUUGUGUUGGCAGACCGCGAACCAGAUGACGCUCUGCUUCUUGACACACUUGAGGGAGCCACUGACCUCUUCCUGGGAUGUGUUCAUGUCAUCACGUGGUUCUCUCCGAUUUGUGUGGGCUUCCUAGCAGUGAGUUGGGUGUUGAAGCUUCCGGAUUGGGAGUUCCUGAUAGACCACGCCGGCAUGUACUCGGUGGCUCUGUGCCUUGGAUGUACUUUGCACAUUAUCUUGGUGUUGCCACUGACGUACAUCAUCAUAGUGGGCGAUCGGCGUAUGCCUUUCCUCCGGAGAAUGCUACAGCCCAUCGCUAUUGGAGCGGGCACGGCGUCCAGUACGAUUGCCAUGCCUCCGCUUAUGGAGUCCCUGGAAGGUGAAGGGACGCUGGAUCCUCGCCUGGUACGCAUCCUGCUGCCUCUGCUGACGCUCAUACGUAAGGACAUGGUCAUCCUUUACAACAGCAUCUUCGCUCUAAGCAUGGCCCAGGCGUCGGGUGUCAGGCUUGGAAUCGAUGACUGGCUUUACUUCUGCGUUGUAUCGAUGGCAACGAAUGUGAUGGCACUCGCAACGCCCAGCGAGUCUUUGGACACCAUAGAGGCCCUCCUUGUGAACAGCUUGAAGCUUCCUUAUGUGCAGCCUGUGCGGCCUAUACUCCAAGUAUUGGAUCCUGCCAUGACAGUCAUUCACGUGCUUGGGCACAGCAUUGGAGUCUCCAUCGUCCAGUCACUUCUAAGCCGGGAGAUCCAAAAAGCCUCUGAUGUCAGCACAGACACUCCCAGUACGCAGCCGUGACCCUUCUUGAACAACCUGCGGCGGUUGUGUACAUUUCAUAGAGCGUCCGUAGACUUCAGGCACAUUUUAAUUCAUCUAAUGAAAUAAUGUCUAUCUGUGGGUGUCUAUAAUGUGUAUGUGUGUUUUCCAUGUUGUAUAUGCAGCAUGAAAAAUCUGCACAUAAUAUAACUUAUCAUGACGGACCAUUGUUUAAAUAAACGGUUUUCCAUUCUGACUGUC